GGCCUGUUUGGUAAUGCAUCCUCAAAAUAUUACAUUGUCAGUGUUGUGUUUUUUAUUUUUGUGUUGCAGCAUGCACAAAUACAAGGUUUUUAAAUUCACAUGACAUUUUCCCCUUUCUUUUUGUAUGAACAGUUAAAAAAAAAAAAGAAAAGAAUAUCCACACAUGCUCUUGCUUACUGUAUGUGACUGAAAUGUCAAAGCAGAUGCUACAGUAGGGAAAGGGAGGGUUCAGCUGAUGUCUAGAUUCAUGCAGUAUGUGUUUGUGUGAGGGUACGUGUAUUAACAACUAGCUUGCUCACGCAGGGCCAUGCCUCCGUUUCAUCAUCAGCUCUAAGCCAUCUCUUUCGCUAGCUAACGUACGCCUCCUCUUUCUGAGACAGACUGCUCUAGCUGCUCACAAGGGGGAGAUGGGAGUUUGCAAAUAGCUACUGCUCCUGAUUGCAUUCCUACUGCAAGGGCCUCCCCUUCAAAUGGCUUGUGCCAGGGCACAACUUUUUCUGUUGCAGCAAAUAGGAUCAUUUUUUUCAUUUUUUCCCUCUGCUUUUUAUUUUAACCCUCUGCUUUUUUUUUCCUCCUCUCUGUCCUCCUGCUCACUACCCCCCCCCCUCCUUCAGCUUUUUACAGCUUUAAUUAUUUUUAUUAUUAUUUUUUCUGCAGCCUCCUUGAUUUUAUACUCCAAGAUUUUUUGCACCCCUCUAUUUAUAACCAAAAUUGAUUUUUAUUUUUCCCUCGGUGUAACAAUGAGCCAAGCCGUGCCAGCUCGCCGUCUUUAAGGAAUAUGGCUUCCCCACUCCUUUUUUUUUUUCGCAAAUCGUGACGCGCUUGCCCGUCAAGUAUACAAGCCGCCCUUUUCCGUUUUUUUAUUUUUUACCAGCCGCGGAGAAAGACCACCUGACUUAAAGGACGGAUAGUUAUAUUUCCUCUUUUAUUCUGACAGUGGAUACAAAAGGGAAUACUGUUUUUUCCUUUUUUUUUUUGCAUAUUUGCUUCAUUCAGUUUUCGCAGCAAUUUUUUUUUUGGAUUGCGAGGCAUUUGGGUGUGCAUAGCAAUGCACUGGCUGGGACAGGUGCCAGCUGAAAAGACAAAAGAAAAAAAAAAUAGGCGGCAAAGAUGGAAUAUGGCAGUAUACAGCGACCUUUUUUUUCCCACUGUAACUGUAUACAUGUAGAAUGGCACAAGUUGGCGCAAGUAAAUGUCAAAGUGCCUAGAUUCAUAUAUAUAUAGCUAUAUGUAUAUAUAGCUAUAUAUAUAUGUAUUAAUAUAUAUUUUUUUCUCUUUACUGCAGUUUAAUUUUUAUGCCUCUGCAGAUGUAGAAAUGGCCAUUUGUUUCAAAGGGGGCGGAGAGUUUUUUUUUUUUUACUGCUGAAUUAUUCAUAAUUAAGUAGUGAAGUAAGACCAUUAGCAUGCACCCUAUAUGCUGUUUGUCUGUUUGGUAACAUUCUUCAUUCAAGACUUGUUAACUGCCAGACAAGCUUAACACGCUUCUCUGUUUUUCCCUCCCUUCUUCCCUGUCUCUUUUUUUUUUUUGCUUUUUGCCUUUCAUGCCAGCCCCUCUCAGCCUUCUGUCGUUGCUGGGUGCUGGUAGCCAAGGGGUAGUGGUGGCAGGGGGAACGCACGCUGCCGAGAAUCUCAAGCUAGUUGUUAGGAGGCUGCAAGGUGAAUGCUUCAGGGGCUCGUGCCUCUUCCACCGGUGCAUGAAAACCUUUCCUCAUCUAUUGACGGAUUCCACCAGCAGCCAGACAAGAGAGGCCAGAAGGGGAAUAUGCAGAAAACCAAGACUACUGCACCUCGUCACAGUAACCAGCAUAAAAAGAAAAUCAUCUGGUCCAAAAAGACUGAAACGUCAGGCAUAUUUUUACUUCAUUGAGGAAUCAUAGCCUUUGGGUAACGUAUUAACAGCCAGUCUGAACCUGCUUUCGAGGAAAACUAGAGGUGAAUUAAAUCAUUUCUAUGAAACCCUGCAGGUGUGCAGUGUGAUAAUCUGAUAAUGUAUGCAGUGAAGAUUCCUGAUAAUGAUACAGAUCUUCUCAGUAUUGUGGUAUUAUAAACGUUACCUGUCUGUCCUAUUCAUUCUGCACAGCCUUUUAUAACCUCUUCAUGCCAUUUUGUUUCCUACAAGCCUGGUACUAAGUGAUCCCUCGUCCUGAGGCUGACUGUCCUUUGGGGUGAGGUAGUAGGUUGUUUAGUUUUGGGGUCAAGCCCUAAGUGUCAGAUAACUAUACAAUCUACUGUCUUUCCUGAAGUGGCUGUAAUUUCUUCGAUGGAGACUUCUUAAUCAUGGAGAGUCAUUGUUUUGUUUUACUAUUUUGCCUUUUGAUUAAUUGUUUUGUAUGUAAUCUCGUUUAAAAUGAUGGUGAACACUUUUCUUUACAGCAGGGAGAUUUACUUUCAGGGGCAUAGUGGGGGGAAUAUGAUAAUAAGCUAAUGUGGCAAAGUGGGAAAAUGUUAAGCCUGGUACACAGGCAUAGCUCGGGGGGAGCCGUUGUACUAACUAUCUGAUGUUAGUACAACAAUCUCCCCCUCUGAGCUUUUGGGGUUGAUUUACUAAAGGCAAAU